AAUACUCAAAGUUGAUGGAGUCAAACAAGAAGAGGAAGUCCACUGCCUCUGAUGAUCAAAAAAUGAAGUCUGCCAAGAUCAAGCAGUACUUUUCCCCAGGGGGGGUAACACAAGCUACAUUUGAUAAGCUCCUGCUUGAUUUUAUUUGUGAGAGUAGCCAAGCUUUUUCUGUUGUUGAGAUGGCCUCAUUCAAAAGGUUAAUGGCAGCAGCCCAUCCUCCACGUGUUGUAAUGACCAGAAAAACCUUGAUUAACCGACUGGAAGAGGCUGUAAAAGAGAUGAAGACCGUCAUCAUCAACAAGCUCCGCGACGUGCCCUUUGUUGCAACCACAACAGACUGCUGGUCUGCCAGGCAGAGGAGUUAUUUAGGUGUCACAUGUCAUUGGAUAGACCCUAAAACCUUAGAACGUCACUCAGUGGCACUGGCUUGCAGACGUCUCAAAGGCUCCCACACGUUUGACAUCCUUGCUGCUGCCUUGGAGGAAAUUCACUCUGAGUACCAUAUCAGUGAAAAGGUGACCAGAACAACAACAGACAGUGGGUCAAAUUUCCUUAAAGCGUUUCGUGAAUACGGGGAGAAAGAAGAGGAUCCCAUUAAUGGGCAAGAGCAGGUUGACUCUGGUUCUGACGAUGACUCAUCUGAUGAUGCCCCAGAGUACCACAAUGUGUCUGCCAUUUUGGAUGAUGACACUGGCCUAGAGUACCACCUUCCAAGACAUCAAAAAUGUGCUUGCCAUCUUCUCAAUCUAGUCGCAACCAUUGACGCAGAGGCAGCAGGUGCUGGGAAUGAGGUGUACAAAAGGCUGUUGCGGUCUUCUAUGGCAAAAUGUAAUGCCCUCUGGAACAAAACUAGCAGGUCAACUGUGGCCUUUGAAACAGUUGAACAUGAGUGCAAAUUGCAGUUCCUUCGACCGAAUCAGACCCGUUGGAGCUCACUGUAUCUCGCUGUGGACAGAGUUGUGCGCAUCUACAAGGAGCAAGGAGAAGGUGCCAUUCGAAAUGUGUGCUCAGCAUUAAAAAUCAAGAUGCUCAAUCCAGCCGAGAUGGGAUUGGCUGAUUAUGCUGCUGUAAUGAAGCCUGUUGCUGCAGCCCUCAACAUUCUUCAAGGGGAGACAUCAGUUCAUAUGGGGUUCCUUCUUCCUACCCUGUACCAGUUGCAAGAUAAGCUGAAGAAGCUGGAAACCAUCUGCAAAGUGUGUAAGCCUCUUCUUGAUGCCCUGCAGCAUGGAAUAAGGAGGCGAUUUGAGGACAGCAUGAAAGAUCCUGAGCUCAUUGCUGCAGCGGUGCUACUGCCAAGAUUCAGGACUUGCUGGACCUCUGAUGAGAGCGUCCUAAAAUCUGGACUGGGCUUCAUCCAAAACCAUCUUGCCAGUGGCUUUACCAACGAUGAUACAAGUAGCGGCCAAUCAGAUGAGGAAGACUUUUUUGCAUCAAUGAAGUCAACCAAGUCACAGGUAGGAGAGGUGGAGGGAUACCUCUCAAGUUCAGCAAAGGAAGGUAUGGAGUUAUUGCAUUCAUUCCCUCAAGUAAAGCACUUGUCGAUGAAGCUUAACACUGCUCUGCCAGCUUCUGCUGCCUGUGAGAGACUUUUCAGUCACGCUGGGAUCCUUUUUACUGCAAAAAGGAUCACACUGCUGGGAAAAAACCUUGAGAAUCAACUCCUGUUGAAAUUUAACCGUCACUUCAUGAUGUGACUCUUUUGGAUCAAAAACAAUCAGAUAACUCACUGAAACAUCGAGUUUGUGUUAACAGUUAAGUGUGUUAAGUGUUUGGUAAUCGGCAUUAGUUCAUACAGUUUCAAGUAAAAAUGGGAAAUUCAGCAUCAAGUGGAAAGCUUGACAACAAGUGGGGUGAUAUAGAGAAGGGAG